UCUUUUUGAAUGCUACUAAACCGUCCGAAAGUUUGAAGUUCCAAAGAAAUGUGUUACAGAAUCUAAUUGUAAAAUCAAGUUUCUUGUCAUGGCUCUUACUCCUUUCUCAAAACGUGCAGAUCCAUUUCUAUUUCAAAAUUUGUCUCAAGUAUUUGUUUUAAGUAUUAGACAUAAGUAUAUGGGCAAUGUUAGACAAAAAAGAAAAAUAAAUCCGUUUGUUAAAAGGCACACUGAUUUUAUAAAAGAACUAUGUAUUGCACUUGUUAAGUACGAGAGAAUUCAAACCACUUUUGAAAGAGCUAAAGUUCUUGAGAAGUAUGGAAACCUGUUGAUUGAAUUAACUCAGCGCACACAACCUCCUCCAGAUUUAUUUGCUCUAGAAAAUGGUUUUUUGUUACGACCUGAUGAAAUAACAUCUAAGUUUACUGAAAAACAAUUAAUCAAUAGACGAUGGAAGAAAAGAAUUGUAUUUCCAACAUCAAUUUCUACAGAGCAGUUUGUUGCUACCUGCAGAAAUGAAGCAGAAAAUAUUCUACUAAAAGAUAAGGAAGCAAUAGAAAAGCUAUAUGGCGAACUAUCAGAUCGUUAUCGUGGAAAAUAUGGUGGUUAUGUUAAAGUGACAAAAAUACCAAACCAACCUAACAAAAAAUUCCCAUGGUUAGCAUAUGUUGAAUAUCAGGACAAUAGUUUACCUGCCCUUCCACCUAUGCCUGAGGUUAUAAAAGGUGAGCUUAAAGGAAGACCGAGAAUUUUUAAUCUUCAUGAGUUAAAUGCUUCUUCUAACAUUUUAAGUGAACAGUAAACUUUAUUGCUUGACACAGAAUUUUUUAUCGAAUUAUUAUAACUCAACCGAUAACUCGGUUUUUCUAUUUAUAUAUCAAGAGUCUUGAUUCGUCUAAAUAUGUUAUCACCAAAAAAUGAUGUUACUUAAGAUCUGUGUAAAUUGUCACAUGACAUGUGAUCGUGUAGAAUGAA